CUCUUUGUUUCGUCCGUUUUGCCAGGUGGGGCUGAAAAUCAUAACCAGCCCUAAUUCCGAAACCCUAACAAUGAGUGACCAACCAAAAUUGCAAGAACACCAAAAUUCAUUAAAAUCAAUGGAAAAUUAUUGCCUUACCAACUGCGGAAUAUGCUUCUUGGAGCAAGGAAGAUCGAUCAGAGGCCAAAUUGAUUGCUGCGACCACUACUUUUGCUUCGUCUGUAUCAUGGAGUGGGCCAAGAUCGAGUCCACAUGCCCCUUGUGCAAGCGCCGCUUCACCAACAUUCUACAAAUGAAAAAGGAGGGGGUGGUUCCUUGCGAGCGAAUUGUUAAUGUUCCAAAACGCGAUCAAGUUUACCAUCAUUUUGGAAAUGCAACGGUUGGGCCUUUUGAUCCUUAUGCCCAUGUGAAGUGUAGUGUGUGCCAGGGUACCAAUGAUGAUAGUCUGUUACUACUUUGCGAUCUUUGCGAUCUUGCUGCUCAUACUUACUGUGUUGGUCUGGGUGCUACUGUACCCGAAGGUGAUUGGUUUUGCCACAAUUGUGCUAUCUUGAGGGCUGAACAUAACAAUGCUGGAAUUGAUACUGAUGGUAAUGAUCAAAAUGUUUCUAUCUUUGAUAUCGUACAUGAAGAUACAAAUGAAAUGAGGAUCUCAAGACCUCAUCCAAUGGCCUCUUUAGCACUUGUUGUUAACUCCGAAUCAGGUACCAAUGUUGUGAAUGAAGUAACUUCAUCGGAUAGAACAACAUAUCAGAAUAUUGUAGAUCAAUCACCCAAAUUGGAUGCAAGAAGAUUGCAUCUUCGUCGGGAUGUCCAAAGUCAUAUACAAGCACUGCGUGAAAAUUGGAAUGCAUUACGAAACGGAUCCUUAAGCUUUGCUUCUAGUUUAGGUCAACAACAUUUCUCAACCUCCCAAGGUUGUCAGCCAUUGAGUGCUCAGGAUGGUUUGUCUGUGGGCAUUGUACAUAAUAAUUGCAGAACUUCACGUGAUAUUGAUGAAGCAUGGAAAAAGAUGAGAAUUGCAAAGUCAAAGCAGCACAAUCUUGGAAGGGCAAGCAGUCUUCAUCUUGUGUCAAAGUCAAAACAUCCUUCUGUAAAGGGAAAAGCUCCCAAACAAGCCACUGGUAGCAGUUCAAGUCCUCAUAUGGUUAAUAGAAAACAACCUGGAGAUAGUGUUCUCACAUUAUCUGCUAUUGGAAAGAAGAGGAAGCGCAGUUUCUCUGAAGGCAAAAUUGCAAACCAUAGAUUUCCAAAAUCAGAAAACCAAAAGCCAAAUAAGGUCAUGACUGUUAAAUCUUGUGAGGGGUGUUCUGUUACUCACUCAAUACAAUUAUCUGAAUCUUCAACAUCUAGAAGGGCCCAAAAUCAAUGUGACCUUCGUCAUGCCAAUAGGGCAAGUCUGUCAGCAAAAUGUUCAUAUGGAGUUUCAUCAAGUACUAUUCACAAGCAAACUGAUUCUUCUUCAAUAAAUUUGAUUGGGUCAUUGCCUACAACAACUGAUGCAUGCUACAGCCAACCAGAUCUCCAUACUUUUUCCUUUGGUGAGGUAGAUAACCUCAAGGGAAAAGAUCAGUUGGGAAAGGAUUCUGUUAAAGGGAAGGAAAUAAAAGAUGAUGAUGCCAAGAGCGAGAUUCGUUCUCUUGUCAAGCUCAACUUAAAACUUCUAUGCAGAGACAAACAAUUAGGAUUUGAUGUAUUCAAGGAAGUUGCAAGGCAUGCCACACAUACCAUAUUGGCUGCAUGUGGUUUGGAGCAUCCAAGGUCUGAUGUUCGUUUAUUUCCAAGCUCAGUAGUUUGCAGCCAUAAUGAAAAUAUUCAGCAACUCCGUAAGUCCACCCUGAUGCCAAAUUCUUGCAGAGAAUGCUUCUUUAUCUUUGUAAAGGAUGUUGUCAAAGCCAUUAUGUUUGAGAAAUGUUAUCACUAGGGGUGAGCAAAAGAACUAAGAGGAACCAGAGCCGUCAGGUACCUGGCGUUGUGGUUUCAGUUCCUACUUGGUUCCAUCUUCAACAAGAUAGAUUCCAGUUUCAAAUUUUAUGCCGUCAGCACUGUGUAGAUAGGUUUCGAUUCCACUACUUUAAGAAACCGAAACUGAAUUUUGGGUACCCAACCAGGAACCCUUUCUCUUUCAAAAUUUCUGUAACAAAACAAUUUUUUUUUAAAAAACAAAACAGGGAUGUGUUUUUUUUUAAAAACAAAUACAUCGUUUUGUUAUAGAAGUUAAUAAACCUAAAAGUAUUGAUUGGUUGCCCUAGUUCCAUUUACAUCUUCGUCAAUGCCAAAUUCUCCUUCCGAGUUUUCGAAACCCUAACUCUCUCACAAUACGUUCACCUGUCUCUCCGUUGUCCUAUCUCACUUUUGCUUCAAUUAUAGUUUGAUUCUUCAUACCUCCCGAGGUGUGGUGAGAAAUGCUAAGACAAGAAGAGGGAAAUGAAAAUAAUAAACAACAUCAGUUACGAAAAAAAGGCACUCAUCCAGGCCAGUGCUCUCUUUGUAAUUCUUCCAAACUGUUUCAGUUUCAACUCUCAAUCCAGCAGGUGGAGCAGUUCCUCUGCCUUCUACUUUAAAUUCCACUUUUAGGUACACCCUUCUUUUCCUUUUAAUUUGUUUUUUCAUUAUUAUAUAUCUUAUUUAAUUUUUUGCUUUGCCGAGCAACACACUAUCUAUAACUUUUAGUUGAGCUGUGUGUUUGAUUUUUAAUAAUUCUUAAAGGCUGCAAUUACUUCAUUAGGGUUGUUGAAUCUGGGUUUAAGGUUAAAUUCUGUGUAUUUACGCAUGUAUUUGAAAGAGAAUUAUUGCUGUUUUCUGUUUUGUUGUUUCUAAGAUGGAAUUGAUGAAUAACUUACUGGUUGUUUUGUUUACUCGAAGAGUGAGGGAAGACGAGGUGUAAUAUGUUUGAGACAUCUUGGUGUUGACUAUUCAUUUUGACUUCUGGUUGUCUUUACAUCA